AUGUCUGACUACGGCAACGACGACGACGUCGAAGAGACCUUCGACUACGAGCCCGGCGAGGAUGUGUUUGACGAGGAGCCGGAGGAACAAGAGGCCCUUGAAGGCGAGGACGGCGUUGAGGGAGAUGCAUACAACCCCAACACCAAUGGCGAAAACGUUGUUGUCUCUGGCGAUCCCAAUGCUGGAUACGCAGGAAAAGUGAUGGAACAAUCGCGCGAAAAGAAGGUCCCCAAUGAUCAGCGCACCACUACCCCGUACUUGACCAAGUACGAGCGCGCGCGUGUUCUCGGUACCCGUGCCCUGCAAAUCAGUAUGAACGCCCCCGUUCUUGUCGAUCUCGAGGGUGAGACCGAUCCUCUCCAGAUCGCGAUGAAGGAGUUGAACCAGAAGAAAAUCCCCCUCAUCAUUCGCCGAUACCUGCCUGAUGGAUGGUACGAGGACUGGACCUGCGAGGAGUUGCUGUAG